AUGAAGAGCACUGGUGAGCCCAUUACGAGCAAAAACAAUACAGCAGUACCACAAAAAAGAAUGCAGGCUAUAUAUGAAUUGUUUGAGUCAGAGUCAAGAUAUGUAUACGACCUGGUUUUGUGGAUGCGGACAAUAAAACACUUGGUAGUCAAUACAACCACAUUGGAUGUUUACAGCAAACAAGUAUUUUUAUCGCAGGUGAUAGGUAAUUCAGAUAGCAUUUACGAGCUGCACGAUGCAAUUCUUAUAAAUUUCAUGAAGCGGCUGAAUAUAAAUCGAAACACGCCAAAGGAUGUUUUUCUGCGCAUGGACAUAUCAAGCAAAGCACUUGUAGACAUACUUAAAGCAUAUAACAUCAGAAAGAACAUAAUCUCAUCUAUUUAUAUUGAGUAUGCGGGGAGAAUCCCACAGGCAGCCAGAACCAUGAAAAUGCUUAUAGAAGAUAACAAGAACUUUGAGGCAGAAAUAUCGGAUGUUUUGCAUAGAAUUAAUAGGUUGCACUUGGGAUGCUCACAUUUUAUUAUGCGACCAAUGCAGAAGAUAACACGAUACCCCCUUCUUUUUAAGGCUAUAUUAAAGUAUGCACUUCCAGAGGAGAGCGGCGUACUUUCAGAGGCCAUAACAAAUAUAGAGCAGAUUAAUUUGCAUGUAAACCAAAACGUACAGUACUCCACGGACUACUUUACUCUUUUUCAGCUAUCGCAUGAAAUUAACUAUAAAAAAAGGCCGGAGUUCUCUGUAGGUAUUAUACAAAAGGAUAGAAGGCUGCUGAAAAUGGAGGAUGAAGUGUCAAUAGUUACCAACACUGGGUAUAAAACUGUUUCUAUUGUGAUUCUUGACAACUGUGUCUUUUUUAUAGAAUGCAUUAUUAAAAUUAGAGGUAUUUAUAUGAAAACCGUAAAAACUCUUCUUGAUGAGUAUAUGGCGCCAGACCAAGUAAAUGCAUCUGUUGUAGACAGCCCUAAUGAGGACAGCGCACGUAUAAAAAUAACAUGCGGCGAAAAAGAAUAUUUAAUAGAGUGCAAAGAAUGGGCAGCAGAUGAAAUUGUUCGAGUAAUAAAUGAUAUAAAAACCGUAGAAACAUCAAAGUUCUAUGAUUUUAAACUAGAAGAGAUGCCAAACUUAUCAAAAAGUAAGGAUAUUUCUCUUUCUCUAAUAAACCCAAAAGAAAUUAUAGAAUGGACGGAAGAAGGCCUAGGAAAUGUAGCAAUAGGAUGUGAGGAGUGCCUUGAGGUGGUCAUGAAUGGGGAAAGAGUCCGGGUGGUAGACAAAAAGCACUGCACAAAUGUUAUGUAUAAUUCAAAGCUGUCAAAUGUUUUUUUAAGAAUAGAUAGGGCUGUGCACUGCUUUGCGCUAGAUGAAAAUAUAUUAAAUAGUAUUCCCAGUUUACAGAAAAUCAUCAGCAGCACCGAGGUAUCCUUUAUAAAGAACACCCCAGAUGAAAGCGAAGAAAAUGUUCUGCUCAUUGCCAAGAAGAUAGGAUAUCUAGGUUCUGAAGAACUAUUUAUCUUUAACUUAACAGCGGAUAACAGAGGAUAUCUAUCAAAGACAACAUAUCGGCGAAUGUAUAUUGCAGGAGAUAUAAUGGAUGUCUCAUUCUUUGGCAAUAAUAUGGUUUUGUGUUCUAAUGAUUUUGAGCUAAUUGACUUAAUUGACCUCACUACACAGGAAUUGCUUGAUCCAUUAGAUAAAACCAUAGCAAUAUAUGUAGAUAAGAUCGAGUCAAAAUCGCUUUCUAUUGCAAAAAUAGAAGAGAAUCUUUAUCUUGUUGUUCUAUCUGACAUAGGAUUUUUCAUUAACAAGUAUGGGUCUAGGAAAAAGUCAAAUAUAGUCUUUCUCUGGCUUAUGGCAAUUAACUAUGCAUUUGUUUUUAAAGAGUAUGUAGUUGCCAUAGGUGCUAUGCAGGUAAAGAUAUUCACCUUAAAGGAUGGGAUGCUUCGAGGCAUUUUUAACAUUAUGAAUGGGAAGCAUCUUAUUCAUCCAGAAUAUAUAAUUAUAUAUAAUGAUACCAGCAUAUACCGAAUUCUUCGAAUGUAA